GUGCUUUGCGUGUGGGAUGGAAAAUGGAUUCCGAGUCUAUAACACUGAUCCACUAAAGGAAAAAGAGAAACAAGGUGAACAAAUCUCAGAUAAAUCGUAAACAAUGAGAAGCAUCCUUUUUCUUCCUGCAGUUGUGGUUUUGGUUUUUAUUCAACGUGCAAGUUAUAUUUUCUGAUGCAAGAACUGUUUCUCAUCUGUAAGAGGAAGUCACUGCAUUCUUAAGCUUCCUUAUCAACCCCCUUCCAUUUUGACAACUAAUAUCCUACAUCAGGGAUUUUCAGAAUCUUUUUUUUUUGGUGGUGGAACCUCUUUGUCAAGUACAAUCUUCCAUACAACCCUGAAUUUCUAGAAGGAGGAGUUGGCCAUAUUGAAAUGUUAUUUCGCUGCAACUAUUUAGCUUUAGUUGGUGGUGGAAAAAAGCCGAAAUACCCUCCGAACAAAGUGAUGAUCUGGGAUGACCUGAAGAAGAAGACUGUGAUUGAAAUAGAAUUUUCUACCGAAGUCAAGGCUGCCAAAUUACGGCGAGAUAGAAUUGUGGUUGUUUUGGACUCUAUGAUUAAGGUGUUUACAUUCACACACAAUCCUCAUCAGUUGCACGUCUUUGAAACCUGCUAUAACCCGAAAGGCCUCUGUGUCCUGUGCCCCAAUAGUAACAACUCACUCCUGGCCUUCCCGGGCACGCACACGGGCCAUGUGCAGCUUGUGGACCUGGCCAGCACCGAGAAGCCACCAGUGGACAUUCCUGCCCAUGAGGGCGUCUUGAGCUGCAUUGCUCUCAACCUGCAGGGAACAAGAAUUGCGACCGCGUCUGAGAAAGGGACCCUUAUACGAAUAUUUGAUACUUCAUCAGGGCAUUUAAUCCAGGAACUACGAAGAGGAUCUCAAGCAGCUAAUAUUUAUUGCAUUAACUUCAAUCAGGACGCUUCUCUCAUCUGUGUGUCCAGUGACCACGGCACGGUGCACAUUUUUGCAGCUGAAGAUCCAAAAAGGAAUAAACAAUCAAGUUUGGCAUCAGCCAGUUUCCUUCCAAAAUACUUCAGUUCCAAGUGGAGUUUUUCCAAGUUUCAGGUUCCCUCAGGCUCUCCAUGCAUUUGUGCCUUUGGAACAGAGCCAAAUGCUGUCAUUGCGAUCUGUGCGGACGGCAGCUACUACAAGUUCCUGUUCAACCCCAAGGGGGAGUGCGUCCGGGACGUGUAUGCGCAGUUCCUGGAGAUGACCGACGACAAGCUGUGACCCUCCACCAGGAGUGCGAGCACCACGGGCCCUGGGUGCCCAGCGGCCCCUCGAGCUCCUGGGACUGGUGGUGAUGGGCUGGGGGGAUGGCCUGGGACCUUGUUGCGAAGCCAUACGUGUCGUCUGUUUUUCGAAGCCAGACCUCCCGAGUCCAGUGUUAAAGGAAGAAUCUUCAGGGCACAUGGACACUCACGCCCAACUGCUGGCUUCACCUUUCGUUCAGCCGUGACGCUUGCUUCAUUGGUUCUGCCGCAUCCGCCACCUGCUGUUGGGGCUCCGGACAAACUGGGGGCACGUUGAAAAAAGGAGGGACAAAGUGAAAUUUGGUUGUGGCAACAGAUUUCAUCAUUUUUACUGAGUCCUUAACGGGGAGGUGAACACACGUGUAAGUGUUGGUUCUCACCAGAUUUAAGUGGAACAAUCAUACCGGCAGCCUUAGGAAAGGAGGAAGGAAGCCCUUCUCCCAUCUAAACUGAAGAAAGAGGGCAUAGGUCUGGCGUCUCCCUCAAGAGCUGCGUGUCGUGCGUCCCUGUCUUUUUGGAGCCAUUGGAACUGAGGCAGCACCACGCCCACCCUGUGAGCAGUGCCUGUGGCCUCCUGGUGAAACUCUGGGUCAAAGGGAGUUUCCCUGUUACAUGUAGGCAACAGAGUAAAGCAUAGACUUUAAAACUUAGUCAUAGAAGAAAGUGUCACUUAAUUUGGAGGAUACGAAGGGAAACGGGCGUCUCAACAAAGCAGUGCCCGGUUUCUGUGGGCCUGGAGAGGAUGUCUCGGCCAGCCGAUUCCACCUCCCUUUCUCACCAUCUUCUCUCCCCAUUUUUAAGACUAGCUGCACACUAACAUUCUGGGAAUGAGAGGCACAUACUUUUUUUAACGUUUGGUAACUAAAAUAGGUUAUGGGCUCUAUAUUAUUAGUAGUACUUGAGGUAUAUAUUUAAUUUUCUUAAAUUCCCUUAAAACUUAAUUUUAUGUUUUGAUUUCAGGUUGCAAACAUUAAAAUCUGCAGCAGCAAAUUCUCAGUUUUGCCAGUUCUUUUACUGUCAUGUAAUCAACUAACUUUGUCUGUGGAUUUCAAUGUGAGGUAUGCAUGUUACUUUUAUGUGUGUUUAAUCAUGAAAUUUAAUUUUGCACACUUAUUUGUAUUGUUUCUUUUAAAUAAAAAUGACUAAUUUUGUUGUACUCUGUA